AUGGAAUCAAAUCAAGUAGAAAUGUACCAAAUUGCUAAAGCAGAACCAUCCGACGAUAAAGAAAAAGUAGUAAUGCGAGCGCUAGUUGGUAAUCCAAAUAGACAUAAACCACUCGCACAACAUUCACCACCGAUUGUAACAACUACAUCCGAUGCACUACCACCGGCAUCGAUGUAUACACUUGAACCUCGAAAUCAACCAAUAUCACCAAGAGUAUUGCCUAGAACAGUACAAGCAGAAGUUUAUUAUAUGGCACCUCAGCAAACACAAGCACCACCGGCAUCCAAUGAUCCAAAGAUAGAAGAAGAUCAAAAUCAGUUAAUACAUUCUGAAACUGUAGUACCGAUAGUCCGACAAAGUGAACCUAAACCGAUUGCUUUUCUUGAACCUCAAAUUAUUUCAGAGCCUGUCCUCUAUAGUAUUGUGGAUGGAAACGCUGCUCCCGUUUAUAUUGAUCAAACAGUUCCGACAAAGAAAGAUGUUCCUGUACCUAUACUCUAUGCAAUAACUGGUCAAUCUCGCCCUCCACCUGUAGAUAUGAAUGCAACUGCUACUAACGUGCCAGCAACUACCGCUGGCAACGCUUCUUCUCUUUUUUCGUUAGUUGGUAGUCCAAAUAUGCCAACACAGCCUGAAGUAUUAAUACCAAAAGUCUCACAACAAUCAUCAGCACAUUUCUAUACGAUCGUUGGCCGUCCAAGUAUCCCACUAGAAUCUCAACAACCUAUUCAGCCGAUAACAAAAGUUUCACAGCAACCUUCACCUACUCUCUAUCCAAUAGUUGGCAGUUCAACGCUUACACUACCUAUUACCGAACAAGACACGCCGAAUGCAAGUCCUCCGAUAGAACCAGUAACACCUAAAUCACUUCAACCAGUACCAAUUUCAAAUACAAUCGCCGGGAAUAAACAGAUGCCAUCAGAAAAUUUAAAGGAGAAUAACUUAACACUACCAGUGCCGGUUAAAAAGCAAAUAAAUGAUCCAAUUUUGUAUGAAGUCGUUGGAGAUCCUAAAAUGCCUACAUCCAUGACAAUUCCUGUCAAAAAUCAACCAUUACCAGCAAUAAAACAAAAAGCACCACCACCACCACAACAACAACACUCACAAGUGCCUAUGUUGUUUGCAUCUGUUGGCCAACCAGGAUCACCUACGCUAGAAGAUAUGGCUGCUAAACCGAAAAAAUCAUCCAUAAAAGAAACACCGACAUCAUUUGAAGGCCAUCCCAAACAAGUGAAUCGUAGUCCUGAACGUCGAACAGAACCAGAACCAUUACUCGAAAAAAUUCCUCCUAUUGCAAAUCCAAAACAAAAACGUGAAGCUAAACCACAAGAACGCAUUAUCCCAAAAUCAGAAACUAUAUUUAUUCCAUUUCGCGAACGUGAACCAUUACCUCGUCCUAAACGAAUGCGAGCAACUGCUGGAAAAAUUCGUCAUAAAGAUUUUCUUAUUCCAGGCGAUGAUCCAUUGCAUGCAUCUGAUUAUAUUUCACCUUAUGCCUAUCAUCCAUCAAAGCCAUAUCGUGAACGAACAUAUAAUCCUCGAUCAUUACCUCCGCUGAGAAAUAGUUCAGAGCAAAAAACAAGAGUACCGAUUUAUGAAUCAAAUUAUCGGGGUGAACAAAAACAUCCAUAUAACCCAUGGACGCCUCAUUCAUUGGAACGAUAUCCUGUUAAUACAAAGCGACGUUCUCGCCUGUGGGAUUUCGACCAACGUGCUCAAACAGAUACCGAUGAUAAUGACGACGACAAUGAUCAAGAAUUCAAUCAACGAAAGCAACUGUAUAGAAAAAUUCGAGUACGUACACCUUGGAUACCUGUUUGGUAA